AUGGAUAUCGGAUGUAUCUAGUUUCAUUUUGGGAAAUAUUUAUAAGAUUUUUAAUUAAAGUUCUUUUGGAAAGGAAAAAAAAUGACAAGGAGUCUAUAGUAACCCCAAACUAGCUUUCAUACAUAGCAGAAUAUCAAUCAGCACAAUCGAUAUCGCAACUGAAAUAGAGGGAUAGAAUAAAUCAAGUCACCAACGUGAGCUACAAACAAAAAUGAUGGUAUCUGCAAGAGAAACAUUGAUAGGAAGUUGAAUUACAUAUAAUUUUCUAACAUCGUCUUGCAGUGUGGUGUGCCUGACAAAGAAAUACAUGUUUGGUCUUGUGCAAUAAUGUAACAAUUAGUCCUAAAAGAGAAGGUAUUACAAGCCUAAAGCAGCAUAUGAUCUAAUCUGGUGUUUGAACUGCAUAAUGGUCCUAUUUUCCCCAGACAACAAGAAUCAGUUUGCAGCUGUUUAUCUUUGUAUUUAUUAUAUGAUAUUCAUACAGCUGUGUCAGCUUGUAGAAUCACAGAACUGUGAUAUAAGAAUUGAAGAUGAGUUAUGGCCCUUACAGUGGUAUCUGAACAAAUCAGUGGGAGACAAGUAUGACAUGAAUGUUCUACCUGCAUGGAGAAGUUGUAUUAAUGGUACUGGUGUUACAGUUGGCGUGGUGGACAAAGGUGUUCAAAAUCAUAUUGAUUUGGAAAUUAAUAGAAGAUUUGAUUUUAGUGAUGUUGAUGGAGGAACAGUUGCAUCAUUUCAACAUGGUACUAGGGUAGCUGGUGUUAUAGGAGCUCUGAAGAAUAAAAAUUUUACAAUUGGGAUUGCGUUUGGGUCUGAAAUAGCAGAUAUAAAGAUAGCUUCUACAGCUGUAUGGGACACGUUUGAUGUGGCAGCAUUCUAUCAUCAUAUGGAUAGUAUUCAGGUUUACUCCUGCAGUUUCGCUAAUUUCCAUACUGGCACUAAAACAUACAAAUUAGAGAAGAAUCAAGAGGAUGCAUUCAUAAGGGGAACUACUCAGGGCAGAGGAGGUCUUGGAUCUGUUUAUGUUUUUGCUACAGGAAACAGUGGUGAUGUAACAGAACUAAGUCAUGACAGCUGUGCUUAUGACAGACUGGUUACCAAUAGAUAUGUAAUUUCAGUAGCAGGAAUUAUGAAUGAUUUAAGUAAAGUUCCAAAUGGAGAACCCUGCAGUGCCAUGAUGGUAGCUGCUUUUACUGCUAAGGGUGGAGCCCAACAUCAUAAAAUAGUAACAACGGAUGUCGGGAAUACAUCUACAGAAUAUUUUAAUCAGAACUCAGCAGCAGCUCCUAUGGUGUCAGGAGCAGUAGCACUUGCUCUCAGUGCCAAUCCAAAUCUAUCAUAUCGUGAUGUGAUGCACCUUUUGGUUUUAACAUCUAGGGGAGAUCUGCCUGAAUUUAAACAAGGAAACUAUUUCAUGAAGAAUGCAGCAAACUUAUCAGUUUCCUCAUAUUUUGGAUUUGGCUUGCUGGAUAUGGGAGCACUUGUUCAACGGAGUCAAGGUUGGAAAAAAGUACCAGCACGGGAGAGCUGUAAUGCAAACAUGUACAGUCCUUGUUGUAAAGCUGUGGAGGAAUACUAUCAUCUUGUAGAGGUAAAGUCGUGUACAAUCAGUUACACAGAACAUGUUGAAGUAAAACUCAUGAUAAAUCAUCCACAUGCUGGGCAGAUACAGUGGGUUCUGACAUCGCCUCACGGAACCAAAUCUACAAUACUUCCAGGCAGGUUGUUGGAUUCAACAAGAUAUAUGAACCUGACUGUCUUAACUGUUCAGAUGUGGGGAGAAAAUCCUAAUGGAUUCUGGAAAUUAAAACCUACAGCUCUUUUUGAUAGAAACUUAGAUGGUGGUAGAGUGGAGAACAUCAGUUUAACUAUACAUGGGUUUGACUGUUCAUCAUCUGACUUAAGCUGUUUAAAGCCUGCUGUACAAGAUGAAUCAUUUUUCAUCACACCACCCCCAUAUGAAGUUACUACAGAUAAAACUACAGAUAAACCAGAUAAACCAGAUAAACCAGAUGAAAAUCGUAAAUCUAUCAAUCAUUCCGUCAUUAUAAUUGUUGGGGUGUUAGCAGUUGUAUGUGUAGUCAUAGUUAUACUGCUUGUUGUCAAGAGAAAGAAAAAGUUGUGUUUUAAAGAAAGAUUAAGAUCAAAGAAUUCAGAGAAUUCAGAGAAUUACCCAACAGAGCAGCAUAUUCCUCUGAAAUGUUAGCUUUAUAAAGAAUGACAAUAAAUAUAUCUAUAUACAUAAAGAACCUCUAGAUAAUUUAAGUCAACUGUCAUUCUUACAAAGGCGUCAGAUUGUUAUGAAAAAAGGAUAUUGUACACAGAACAUAUACAAUAUAUAUAUAUAAGGUUGGUUUUUUUAGCUCACCGGGGCCUUCGGGCCCCAUGUGAGCUUAUGCCAUCACUUGGCGUCCGUCGUCUGUCGUCGUCGUCGUCUGUCGUCGUAAACUAUUUAAAAAAUCUUCUCCUCUGAAACUACUGGGCCAAAUACCUUCAAACUUUUACUAAAUGUUCCUUAGGGUAUCUAGUUUAUAAAUUGUAUCCGAAGUUUUGAUCUGUUGACAAACAUGGCUAAAAAUAGAACAUAGGGGUCAAAUGCAGUUUUUGGCUUAUAUCUCAAAAACUAAAGCUUUUAGAGCAAAUCUGACAUGGGGUACAAUUGUUCAGUUGGUCAAGAUCUAUCAGCUGUGAAAUUUUCAGACGAAUCAAACAACCCAUUGUUGGGUUGCUGCCACCAAAUUGGUAGUUUUAACAAAAUUUUGCAGUUUUUUGUUAUUAUUUUGAAUAUUAUUAUAGAUAAAUAUAAACUGUAAGCAGCAAUAAUGUUCAGCAAAGUAAGAUCUAUAAAAAAGUUAAUAUGACCAAAAUUGUCAAUUGACCCCUUAAGGAGUUAUUGCCCUUUAAAGACAAUUUUACACAAUUUGUUCAUCAAGUUUGCUAACAUUUAAAAAUCUCCUUCUGAAAUGCAGGUGAGCGAUUCAGGCUCUUGAGAGCCUCUUGUUUUGAAUACUAAGCAGGUUGUACCAACCUUGAGAAAAGUAAUAACUUUCUUAAUAUGGAAGUGUUUUUCUGAGUGCAGGUGACCUUAUGAUUAUUUACCAUGCUAUUUAGACAAAAUUUGUUCUUCCUACAACAAAGUGUUGUAACAGUCUCAAUGUUAAACUGCCAUAAAAAAAUCAAUAAAUCAUAGGAAUUGUAUGCAAACUAUACAGGUACUUAGUUAACCAUCUAGCCAGUCUCAAUUAUAUAAGUAAAUGCAUAAAAUCCAACUUGUAGUUAUGGUUUAGACUCACUAACCAAAAAAUCAGCCUUCUGGUUACUUACUCAAUGCACAUAUAGAUAUUCAAAAUGGCAUGAAUUGUGUGCAGAAACCUAUGUAAUUUGGAACUUUCCAUUAUGAGAUAUGAUAAAAUCUUUAUUGGCAAUCCCACCUACUGCAUAUUGCUAGAAUAUAAUCAUUUGGAAAU